AUGACAAAGAAGUUCGAAUUUAAUUGGCGCAUCGAAGUGCCGGAGCUCUUGACGAAGGGCGCGGUAUUCGAUCGAUGGUUUGAAGACAAAGAGACGACCGAAUACGAACCGAAUUGCCUAUUCAAAGUCGAUGAAUACGGGUUCUUUAUCUAUUGGAAAAGCGACGGGAAGGACGGGGAAGUCAUAGAAUUGGCUCAAGUAAGCGAUAUUCGUUACGGAGGCACACCGAAGGAGCCAAAAUUAUGCAACAAGCUAAGUAAACAUGGAACGUUGGAACAGUUGGACGAAAAAAGUUUAACUAUAUGUUCUGGAGUGGAUUAUACAAACAUCAAUUAUCAGCAUAUUGUAUGUGCGAAUGCACAAAUAGCUAAGGAUUGGCAGACUGCUUUGCGUUUAAUUACACACAACACAAAAGCGUGUAAUGUUUGUCCGACGACACAGCUUAUGAAACAUUGGAUGCGGCUAAGUUUCCAAGUCGAUCCAAAGGGAAAGGUCCCUGUGAAAGUGAUAUCAAAGACUUUUGCAUCUGGAAAGACUGAGAAACUUGUUUAUCAAGGAUUAUCGGAACUCGGUUUGCCCAAUGGAAAGAACGACAAAAUAGAGCCUGAGGCUUUUACGUUUGACAAGUUCUACAGUUUAUACUUUAAGAUUUGUCCUAGAAAUGAUAUCGAAGAACUUUUUCAAUCAAUUACAAAAGGAAAAGCCGAUGCUAUAAAUUUAUCGCAGCUCGUGGAAUUUAUGAACACGAAACAGAGAGAUCCACGACUCAACGAAAUCUUGUAUCCUUUGUACACUGAAAAGAGAUGCACGGAAAUUAUCAAUGACUACGAGAUGGAUGAAAAGAUGAGAGCGGAAAAAAAAUUGACAAAAGAUGGCUUUAUACGAUAUUUAAUGUCGGAUGAGAAUGCACCGGUAUUUCUAGACAAAUUAGAAGAAUGGAUGGAGAUGGACCAGCCCCUCUCACAUUAUUACAUUAAUUCAAGCCACAACACUUAUCUCAGCGGCCGCCAAUUCGGUGGCAAGAGCACCGUUGAGAUGUAUCGACAAGUUCUGCUUGCUGGUUGCAGAUGCGUCGAAUUGGACUGUUGGGAUGGUAAGGGGGAAGACGAAGAACCCAUCAUAACCCAUGGCAAAGCUAUGUGCACUGACAUUCUUUUCAAGGAUGUGAUCUACGCUAUAAGGGACACCGCAUUUGUCACUUCUGAAUAUCCUGUAAUUUUAAGCUUUGAGAAUCAUUGCUGCAUGAAGCAGCAAUAUAAGCUGGCAAAAUAUUGCGAUGAGAUAUUCGGCGAUUUGUUGCUAAAGGAACCCCUAAAGGAUUAUCCUCUCGAGCCGGGAUGUCCUCUUCCUCCACCAUGUGAAUUGAAACGCAAGAUAUUAAUAAAGAACAAACGGUUGAAACCAGAAGUGGAAAAAGUCGAACUUGAACUUUUCCGUGCCGGACAAUUCGAAGAUAAGGAUGAUGAUGUAGAAGAUGCCAGCGCUCCUGCAGCUGCUCCACCUCCCGAGCCGCCAAAGGAAAGCGAAGCUCCUGCCGGAGGGGAGGGAACCGAGGAGGUACAAGUGACUCAAUACACGAGCAGCACUAUGCGAGUUCAUCCUUUUCUUUCCUCGAUGAUAAACUACGCGCAACCGAUAAAGUUUCAAAGUUUUGAAAUAGCGGAAAACAAGAAUAUACAUCAUAAUAUGUCUUCGUUCUCCGAGACUGUCGCUCUUAACUAUCUGAAAACUCACUCCGUGGAGUUCGUUAAUUACAACAAGCGGCAAAUGAGUCGAAUAUAUCCAAAGGGCACGAGGGCUGAUUCCUCGAAUUACAUGCCUCAGGUCUUCUGGAAUGCUGGCUGUCAGAUGGUGGCUUUGAAUUUCCAAACCCCGGAUCUACCGAUGCAACUCAAUCAAGGGAAAUUCGAGUACAACGGGACUACGGGCUACCUGCUGAAGCCCGACUUCAUGCGAAGACCUGAUCGAAGCUUCGAUCCUUUUUCCGAGGACGUCGACGGUAUUAUCACCGCGCAAUGCACAGUUCAGAUCAUAGCCGGGCAAUUCUUGUCGGACAAGAAGGUGGGCACGUACGUGGAAGUUGAUAUGUACGGUCUACCAGCGGACACAAUUAAGAAAGAAUUCAGGACACGAAUGGUACCAGCGAACGGUUUGAAUCCGGUCUACAAUGAGGAGCCAUUCUUAUUUCGAAAGAUCGUGCUUCCCGACUUGGCGGUGCUUAGGAUUGGCGUAUAUGAAGAGAGUGGCAAAUUACUUGGGCAACGAAUCUUACCUCUGGACGGUCUUCAGGCCGGUUACAGACACAUCUCCUUAAAGACUGAAGCAAACUUCCCGAUGGCGUUGCCGAUGCUCUUCUGCAACAUAGAAUUGAAGAUUUAUGUUCCCGAUGGAUUCGAAGAUUUUAUGGCCGCCUUAUCGGAUCCGGGUGGUUUUAGCAAGGCUGCCGAGCAGCAAAAUGAAACGAUGAAAGGACUCGGAAUAGAACAGACUGAUGCCAAGGCUGAGGCUAAAAAGAAGAAAGAGGAAGAGGCAAAAAGGGAGGAACUAAAAUUGGAACCCAUCACCCUAGAAUUCUUGAAGAAAGAGAAAGGUUUCAAAAUCGGCAAAAAGCAUCAGAAAGAAUUGGAUGCCAUGAAAAAGAAGCAUAUGAAAGAAAGGCAAACCAUGCAGAAGAAUCAUUGCAGUGCCAUCGAGAAACUAACUAAAGGAAAAGACAAAAAUUCUUUGGCGCAAGACGCUAAUGUAAAGAAAGUUAUAAGCGAACAAACGGCUCAAUGGUCCGCUAUGAUGGAGAAACAGAGGAAAGAGGAAUGGGAAUUGUUGAAAAAUCAAACACAGGGCUCUCGCGACGAAUUAAAGAGACUGAUCGAAAUUGUGCAAGCCACGCAAGUUAAACAGAUGCAGGCAAAGCACGACAAAGAUGCUAAGGAAAUGAAUACCAAUCAAGCGAAAGCAUCCGUGGAAACGGCGAAGGAGGUAAUGAACGACAAGACUUUGAAAACAAAAGGUGAAAAGGAUAGACGACUUCGUGAAAAGAAACAGCAGAACACGAAGAAGUUCUUGGACGAGAGAAAGACUAUGGAGAUCAAGCAGGGUCGUGAGAAGGAGAAGCUGAAAGUUACGCACGGAAAGCAAGUGGAAAAUUUAGACAAGGAUAUCGAUGGGAAUAUUGAGAUGUACAAGAAUGAAGCGAUUGAAUAUGAUUUAUCGCCUAAGACAGAACUUUAUAUAUAAAACUAUAUUUUCUAAUCAGCA